UUUAGUUUCGAAAAUUAAUAAUUCAAAUUAUUAAUAAUUUUGUUGUUCGUUAAGUUAUUUUUUGGGACAUAUAAAAUUUGUUUUAUGUAAUUGUGAACUGAUGGUGUAGAUCCCUAAAAAAGUACUUUCAAGACCCAAAAAUCGAAACAUUUUUGUAAAUAAAGGGACCGCAAGGGAGCAAAUCCGAAUCACUUACCGGUACAGAUGGUAAAUCCAGGUUCCGGAGGCUGGAGUCAGUUGCAAAAGCACAACACGAAGACGACUUCGUAUAGCUGGUGGCCUACGUUAUAUAGCACCUGUGGACGCGGCGGGCGCAGCCACUUUACGCUGCCACUCACGUUUCGGGGGCGGCUUCAGUAAAUCCGACAAUGUCAUCAUCGUUCGGCACCGAUUACGGUGAUAAAUUAUCGUUCAUAGCCGAAUGGUUCGACUUCGAUUCGGCCUACCAGAAACGACUCCUCCUCAAUUACUAUCCUGUCGAUAAUACGGUCGAACUCUACGACAUCGACCUCAAACGCCUGUUCCUCAAACGCUCCUUCUACGAGUCCAUCAGUCGGAAAGACGUUUUCGUGGGCAACAAGGUCCGAAUCUACGACCGGCAAUUAAAAAUCAUCGAUUAUGCCGAUUGCCACACCAAAAAAAUCAUCGGCAACACCCGCCAGCAUACUUUUGGUGUAAUCAAAGUCAGUGUUAUUGACAAAAUCGGCGAGAUUUUCAACCAAAUCCAAGACCGGCAUUUCGAAAUUGUCAACGUAAGAAUGUGCCAUUUGAAACAAGCCGAAUGCUUGGAGCUUUACGACCAUCUCCGAGGCUCAGCUUUCUUGCCCUUCGUGGUCGACCACAUGACAUCUGGCCCCGUCGUGGCCCUUCAAUUGGUCGGCGACAACGCCAUCGAGCGCUGGAAAGAGAACGUGGGGCCCACUGACCCCCUCGAGGCCAGGCAAACCGCCCCCAACAGCCUCCGGGCCAUCUACGGCCUCGAGAAGGCCUCCAACGCUUUUCACGCCGCCGACAAUUGCGACGCCGUUACUAAAAAACUCAAAUUGUUCUUUCCCACCGAUCCGGGACAACACCCCCCUCAAACCACCCUCCAGCUCAAAAACAGCACUUGUUGCGUCAUUAAGCCGCACGCCAUCAGUGAGGGGAAGUUGGGGUACAUUAUCAGCUUUAUAACGGAUGCCAAGUUCAAAAUCACGGCGAUGCAAACGUUCUAUUUCAGUAAUGCCAACGCUGAGGAAUUUUUGGAGGUGUAUAAGGGGGUUGUGAGUGAUUUUCACGCCUUGUUGACGAGUUUUUUGGACGGCCCGUGUAUUGGGUUGGAGAUUUCUGGGAAGAGUGACGAUGUUGGGGAUGUUCACGGGGAGUUCCGGAAGUUUUGCGGCCCCAAUGAUCCGGAAGUUGCAAGGCAGAUUAGACCGAAUACGUUGAGGGCGAGGUUUGGGCUUGAUAAGUAUCGGAAUGCCGUACAUUGCACGGAUUUAAAGGAGGACACCGAACUGGAAUUGGAAUAUUUGUUUAAAAUAUUAAGUUAAUAAAGGAGAUGUCUUGCA